CGCUCGCUCGCUCGCUUUUAUCUCCCGAAUCCCGCUGCUGGCAGAAGCCACAACCUGCUUAUCUGGGCGCGCUCGGGCUGCUCUUCAGCAGGGCUGUGUGGGCGCGCGCGGGGCUGCGGCUGAAGCCCGCGCUGGGCAAGCCCGCCUCACCUUUCCCUCGCUAAGCCGCCGGGGCGACAGAGGGGUCCGCUGACAGAGGGGUCUUGCCUUCGCCCGGGCAAGAGGAGGGGAGGGAAGAUGGUGCUCCGAGUGUUCGUCGCUUCCCUCUCGGGCUCCGUGACGAUGAAAAAGAGGCAGCAAGACAUUGUACGAUUUCUGGAAGGCAACAAGAUCAACUUUGAAGAGGUGGAUAUCACCAUGUCGGAGGAGCAAAGGCGAUGGAUGUAUAAAAACAUUCCUCAAGACAAAAAGCCUGCACAAGGCAACCCACUCCCACCCCAGAUUUUCAAUGAUGAUCAGUACUGUGGAGAUUAUGACUCAUUUUUUGAAGCCAAGGAAAGCAACACCGUCUUUACGUUUCUUGGGUUGAAACCUAAUUUGGCAUCAAAGGAGUCGGAGCCUUAGAAAAAGUUCCUUGAGGAUUCAGCAAACACAUUGUCUGGGUGAAUGAAAUUCUUGAUGUCCAGCACACAACUGCUUCCGUAGUGGAUCACUGUGAUGCCCACCAAUAUGCACCAUUAAUAUUUUGUUCAACACUGAAAAGAUGAAAUAAGACUUUGGCUACAAAAAUGGGGUUAUAUGGUGAUGGUAAAAUGGUAAUGAUGGGGGCGGGGUGUCCUUCCUUUUCCCUUUUCCUUUUUGCAAACAUAUCUGUGGUGGAUGCUGGAUACCAUUGACCCCUGCAGUCUCUGAUGCCAUAUUUGAGACAUUACUUCCAAUCUGAAAGUGACAGGUGGGUGUGUUGAAUCUGAUUGUACAGUGAGCAUUGUCAGAGUUUCAGAUGUUUACUGCACUCUGAGCUGAGAGUUAAUGGCAGGUGUAACCUGCUGUUCUUGAACACAGUUAAAUGCUAAAGUCAGCAGCACUGAGCUGCAAAAAUACCACUCCAACAGAAUAUGUGCUAAUUGUGCUAUUUGUACUGAAAUGUGCUUAUUAUGGUAGAUGUUGCCUGGUAUUAUCUUUCUACUUGGAGGGGGCGGGGAAUCAAAUCUCACCUCCUCUGGUUGGUAUUCAGCAGCCAGUUCUGAAAACAACAACCAUCAUCUUGCAUGUACUUCAUAGAUUGCUUUGAUGCAAGGGAAUUAGCUGGCAAGUAGAUUCUAAAAUGAGAAGCUGACAAAAUGGACCUUACCUCUUGAUGAGAACACCAGGCAUGUCUGUCAUUUCGAGCUACAUUUACAUGCAUUUGCCAAAAAUGUUUUGUAUGAAUUAUAGAUCCCCCCCACCUUACAAGCAUUGAUAUUACUUAAAAACCCUAUUGCUGUCAUUGAGAUUAAUUGUAGAACAAAGGUUAAAAUCUGUAGUGUGCCAUGUAAUACAGUAUAAUCAGCGCCUGUAAAAGCAUACAAGCCAGAACUUUAAGUAGAUUAAUAGUUCUAUUGCCUUAAAAGUGGAAGGGUAUUGGGGGGGGGGGUUCCUAAAGAAAGAAGCAUUAUAUUUUUGCCUGUAAAUUGUAUCACUUUACAUAAUAGUGCUGGAUUGGACUAGUGUGUUUAGCGUCUUCCAGUUCAGAGUCCCAAAUAGCUAUACUUGGCAGUACGGAUAGCCUAUUCUGUGAAUCUGUGAGGCAUCUAAAUGAAAAGUGUGGGGCCAAACGAUAGCAGCACAAUCCUAUGCAGAAGUGAGUUAAAUAGGUGCAUAGCAAUGCAGCCUAGCUGGGUUUUAAAAGACCACUUAUCAAUUCAAUAUUUAUUGUUUGAAGCGCAAGCACCCCCUCAAAAAUAUGAAUGCCCCGAUUUAAGGCUCACAUGAGGUGCACAUAAGCCUGUCCCAGAUCCAAGACAAAGUUCACAGUCAAGAGAAAGUUAAUAAUCUUACCAGUGGAAGAAGCUGGUUCUCUCUUGCUUGAGUCUCGUUCAUUUUAAUGGGCAUUUAAGCAUGACAAAAGCCCUCUUCAGGCAUUCAUUUUAAGCGUAAACAUGUGACGGAGGGCUGCAACUAUGAACCCACCCUACCCAGUCACUGUUACCAUUUGGAGAGUGAAUGUAUGAAACAGGGAGCUUCCUGUUGGUUCCAUGUGCCACAGCAUUGACUUUCUAGUGUUCUGAAAUGUGUAAAAAUUUCCCAAAAGUACAGGAGAGUUCCUGUUCCAUCUGUUCCACCCUCUGCAACACACAGGGAGCUAUGAGAACAGGAUCAGAGCUAGGGCACUCAUCCCUGCAGCCUGCCUCACCUGUUUACACAGGAUACGAAGACCUGAAUACGGCUUAACUAGCUUUGGACUGGGGCUAAAGGACUUCACAUAUUUGUUGUGGGAGCAAAUAUGCCACUUAUCCCCCCCAUUUGCUAGGGCUUCCUUUUUUGAUCAGGGCAUGUUCCUUGUGUGCAUAUCGGAUCCUCUGUAUCAGGGCAAUAAAAUAGUUCAGGUGUUGGUCCUAAAAGUACUAAAGGAAAAGGGGAAAGUGCUAUGGAAUCUUUAAUGAUAAAAUCACAGAUGAUUAUAAAGCAGGCAUAGGCAAACUUGGCCCUCCAGAUGUCUUGGGACUACAACUCCCAUCAUCCCUAGCUAAAAGGACCAGUGGUCAGGGAUGAUGGGAUUUGUAGUCCCAAAACAUCUGGAGGACCGAGUUUGGAAAUGCCUGUUAUAAGGUAUUGUAUAUGAGCCCUAUUUUGUUACUCACAGCUCAGGGAAGUUUUGAAAAUGGUUUUGUUGUUGUUGGGGGCAGAACAAGUCUGCUCUUCUGGGAUGUGUGGGGAUGGCAGCUUAAAAAUCCACUGUGCUCUAUCCAUUCCACCAGGAACAUGCAAGUCCUUGAGCUGCUCUUUGGAGUUUAGUUAAUUUUAAUUAUAAUGAUGUUUGUAAUAAGCAGAAGGCACAUAAUUUAAGAUGCCUUAAUGGGUUUUAUGUGGGGUGUGUGGGUGGGGGAGUGUAUUCUUAGAAUGCAAGAAUAGUUCAAAAGGUGCCCUGUUUUCAUGCCUUUAUCAGCUCUAUAAAUUCACUGUUUGAUUUUUAAUUCAGAGUUUGGCUUUCAUUUUUAUAUUAAAAUUUUGUAAUGUG